AUGACUGCGAUUGAGAGUUUUGAUAAGAAUGCCUUGAAGAAUUUAAUUCUCCGAGUUCUCGCAUGGCGUGUAGGAGAUGUUCAAGAUCUUCCAGCACAACUUACAGAGAGCCUUUCAAUUACAACAUCAGAAACAUUACAUGUUUUGGAAUUAAUCUGCCCAGUUUUAGAUAAAAUUAUCAACGAAGAGCCAAAAUCAGAAGAAGAAAUAAUACCUGUUAUUAAGGAAUUAAAUAGCGAAACAACAAAGAAAUUAGCAACAAUUUCACUUUCAAUUAGAGAUAAAUGCAUUUCAUUUUGCAGUGAGCACUCUCCAUCAUUAUCUAAAGUUCUCUAUCACGAUUGGAAUACUUCAAUGCAAGUUGCAACAGAGUCUCUCGGUCGUAUUGCCAGACCCAUUGCAUCUAUUACAAUGAGAAUACAGCCAGCUUCUUCUGGAAAAUGUUUGCUCCCACCACUUCAGAGUUUAUCCAUGGAUCUUUCCAAGGAUAUGGUCGAUGCUCUUGCAUCCGGCUUCGAUCGCCUCCAGAACCAGCUUGUAAAGAUCGUACAGUAA